CAUUUCGUUCAGAAAUGUUUAAGAUUUGUCUAAUCAGUAAAGUACCAACAUAAUCGCGAUAUUGAUUUAGUCUGUGCCACAUAUUUUGACAUUUUGUGCACAUACCAACCUCAAGACACAAAUUCGUAGUCAGGUGACGAGCCCUUGUGACAGAUCAAUUCCCAAAUAUAAAAAAAACAUUAAAAAAGACAUAGAAAAACAUGGCUCUCCACGCAGCUGUAAAGGGAAAAUUGAUCAGCGUCAUCGGCGAUGAGGACACCUGCGUCGGGUUCCUGCUGGGUGGCAUCGGAGAAAUCAACAAAAACAGACACCCUAACUUCAUGGUCGUCGACAAGAACACACCAGUCAGCGAGAUUGAAGAGUGCUUCAAGCGUUUCGUCAAGCGAGAUGACAUCGACAUAAUCCUGAUCAACCAGAACGUCGCUGAGCUGGUGCGUCACGUGAUCGACGCUCACACCGCGCCCGUCCCGUCCGUGCUCGAGAUCCCCUCCAAGGACCACCCGUAUGACGCCAGCAAGGACUCUAUCCUACGUCGUGCUAAGGGCAUGUUCAACCCAGAAGAUUUGGUACGCUAAAGAUAAUUUAUUGCAUGUUAUGGAUGUCUGUUUGCAGAUUGGCACGUGUAAAUAUGCCAAUUUUACAACACAACUAACCACUAAUGUAUAUUCAUAAUGUUUUCCGUGUGCAAUUAUUGAGCAUUUUCUAAUCUAAUACAUUCCACACAACAACGGGAAGAUUAUAUCGAUGUUACAGCUAUAUCCAGUUAUUUUAAUAAAUUAUUCAAAUGUAAUAAAUACAAAGUAUUAAUCUUGUAUAGAAUUUGUUGAACUUAUAUAAUAGAUAAUAAAAUACCAGAGUGUUGUUUUA